AUGGUCGAUUCAAAAAGAGUGAUUCCGUUAGAAUCUAAUCCAAGCAUAUUCAAUUCUUUAUCAAACAAAUUGGGUUUAUCGCCAAUACUUCAGUUCCAUGACGUUUAUUCAUUAACAGAUAGUGAAUUAUUAGCAUUUCUUCCUCAACCCGUAUAUGCAAUAAUUUUGUUAUUCCCAUUAACCAAGAAUUAUGAACAAUAUAGAGAGCAGUCUGAUAAAGGAGAGCAUGAAUAUAACAAUGAAAGAUUUGGUGACAUCAAGUGGUUCAAGCAAACUAUAGGCAAUGGGUGUGGACUUUAUGCGUUGCUUCAUAUUUUGGCCAACUUACCUCAUGAUUUCAUAAUUGAUAACCUGAUUUUAAAUAAGUGUCUAUUGUCCCAGUUGAGUAAGGAUUCAAGUGUGAAGGAAACCGCAAAUCUUGUAGAGCAAUUAGAAAGAAGUAUUCAGCUAGACUCAAACUAUGGUACACAAGGCCAAACCGAAGCACCAGAUGCAAGCGAAUCAGUAGAUUUGCACUUCAUUACUUUUGUGAAAGGAAAAGAUAAUCAUUUAUACGAACUUGAUGGAAGAAGAGCUGGCCCUAUUGACUUAGGCGUAUCAACUAAGGAGAAUCAUAUUCUUGAUGACACUAAAUUAACCGAAAAGAUCCAAUUCUAUAUGGAUAAUGCAGACGAUGAGAAUAAGCAUAAUUUUGCAAUGAUGGCUAUAGGCCCCUCUCUUGAUUAA